ACAGCAAAAGAAUUUCAACAAAACCAGCUCUUUUGGUCGGGACCGUAAUCUAGGGUUUGUUGAAGCACUACAGAGUUGGUUCCUCGUCCGGUGUUCAGAAAUCCUCAAAUCGGUUCUAGCUGCAUAGUUUCUCUGCCGGAGAUAUCAUCACCAUGGCAAACACGAUGGCUCGGUCAUUCCUACAAGUGGCAGCAACAGAGGAGGUUGCCUCUCCUCUGAGAGUGGUUCAGAUCGAGGGAUUGGUUAUAUUAAAGAUAAUCAAACACUGCAAGGAGUUUUCUCCAGCUCUGGUAACUGGGCAGCUUCUGGGGUUAGAUGUUGGCAGCGUUCUUGAAGUCACUAACUGUUUCCCCUUCCCGAUCCGUGAGGAAGAUGAGGAGAUUGAGGCAGAAGGUGCUAACUAUCAGCUUGAGAUGAUGAGAUGUUUGAGAGAGGUUAAUGUUGACAACAACACUGUUGGAUGGUAUCAAUCAACUUUGCUAGGUUCUUUUCAAACUGUGGAACUGAUUGAGACCUUUAUGAAUUACCAGGAGAAUAUAAGACGGUGUGUGUGCAUCAUCUAUGAUCCUUCAAGGUCCAACCAAGGCGUUGUUGCUCUCAAGGCCUUGAAGCUUUCAAAUUCUUUCAUGGACCUUUAUCGUAAUAACAAUUUUACUGGAGAGAAGUUGAGGGAGAAAAAUCUGUCAUGGGUGGAUAUUUUUGAGGAAAUACCUAUCAAGGUUUCAAAUUCUGCUCUUAUCAGCGCCUUUAUGACGGGGCUGGAAGCCGAUACACCCAUCACCCAGUGUGAUUAUGAUCGGUUGCAAUUAUCAACCAAUCCGUUUAUGGAGCGGAACGUGGAAUUUUUGAUUGAAUGCAUGGAUGAUUUGUCAAUGGAACAGCAAAAGUUCCAAUUCUACUAUCGGAACCUGUCUCGUCAGCAAGCCCAGCAGCAGGCAUUUAUUCAGAAGAGAAGGGCAGAGAACAUGGCACGCAAAGCUGCAGGAGAAGAGCCAUUACCUGAAGAGGAUCCUUCAAAUCCCGUCUUUAAGCCAAUCCCUGAACCCACACGGUUGGAUAGCUUUCUCAUAACAAAUCAAAUUGCCAAUUACUGCAACCAAAUCAAUGGGGUUGCCGGACAGAGCUUCAGCAGACUAUAUUUGACGAAGGCUUUGCAAGAUAAUUGACAUGAUGUCUGGCUUAAAAAUUCAGUGUUCUACAUCUAUUAUGCUAUGUUUGGAAUGUUCCGAGUCCAGGAAAGAAUUAUGAUGUUUUUUUUUUUUUUCCCUCUUGUUUUUCUCUCUUUAGAUACCAGUUAAAUUGAGCAAAUUAGUAUACCAAACUUGUAGAAGAAAUUUUGGAUGUGAAAGGAAAGAACAAAUUCUUCCAAAUGGUGCAAUAACAUGUGAUGUGCGUAUCA